AUGAUCCGAACUACAUUCCGCAGGCUUAUGCUGCGACAGCAGCCUCGAAUCAUCGCAAACCCCUCUCAAUGCUUCAUCAUCCCAGGUGGCUUCUCCCUCGACGACUACCACAAGGUCUCAGAGGGUACACUCGAAGGUAUCCUCGAGAGUGUUGAAGCGGUUGCAGAGAAACGGACAGAUGUGGAUGUUGAGUACAGCGCCGGGGUCCUUACUAUUACAGUGCCGCAGGGAACAUAUGUGAUCAAUAAACAGCCCCCGAACCGGCAGAUAUGGAUCUCAUCGCCUAUUACGGGCCCUAAUAGAUUCGACUGGGACCCGAUAAACUAUGUGUGGGUGUCAUCGAGGGAUAAGGCCACGCUGGGUGGGGUGCUGAAGAAAGAGAUUGGCAUCGAGUUCUCUAUCUCAAUGCCGCUAGGAUACUUGUAG